GACACGGCCAGAGCACUGAGAGAUAUCAGGUAUUGAUGUAACUGGAGUGAAUAAGGGAACCUUCUUCCUGAGCACAGACAUUGGAGCCUGUUAUCAGCAUGAACUCAUAUGUGUUAGACAAUCACGUGAAUAGUUCAUAUCCAUCCUUCACUACAGGAAGCAUCAGAAUGAUACCACAAACUCCAAAAGUCUUAGAUACUAAUGAUUAUUCACAAACCUUGGGGAUAUCACAGCAGAUAUUUAAAGAAGAUGUUGAAUUGGCAGAAACUGGGCAGCAAUCAUUAGGUCAAGAGAGUAAUUUAGUCAUCAAACAAGAGGACAUUUAUGACUUAUCUAGUGAAAUGUUUAUCCCAGAGGAUAAACCACACACAUUCACUGAGUUUCCAAAACAUUUAAAAGAAGGGAAACAUCUUAAGUCUAGCCAAAUGAUUUGUACAAAUAAGAAACCAUUCAAAUGUACCGAAUGUGAGAAAAGCUUCAUAUGUAAUUUGCAUCUCCCUGGACACCACACAGUGGACACAUUUGUGAAACCUCACACAUGUAUAGAAUGUGGGAGAUGUUUCACAUCUAAAGGAAAUCUUAUGUAUCAUGAAAAAACACACACAGGGGAGAAGCCUUUCACAUGUAAUGAGUGUGGGAGAUGUUUUACAUCCAAGGUAAAUCUCAUAUCUCAUGAAAUGACCCACACAGGGGAGAAACCUUUCACAUGUGCAAAAUGUGGAAAAAGUUUUACACAUAAGAGUUAUCUGAAAACUCAUGAAAGGAUUCACACAGCAGAAAAGCCUUUCACAUGUACAGAGUGUGGAAAAUGUUUUACACAGAAGAGCAGUCUGAAAAUUCAUGAAAGAAUUCACACAGGAGAAAAGCCUUUCAAAUGUACAGAGUGUGGAAAAUGUUUUACACAAAUAGAUAGUCUGAAAAUUCAUGAAAGGAGUCACACUGGAGAAAAACCUUUCACAUGUACAGAGUGCAGAAAAUGUUUUGCACAAAUAAGUCAUCUGAAAAGACAUGAAAAGAUUCACACAGGAGAAAAACCAUUCACAUGUACAGAGUGCGGAAAAUGUUUUACACAAAUAGGUAAUCUGAAAACUCAUGAAAGGAGUCACACAGGAGAAAAAUCUUUCACGUGUACAGAAUGUGGAAAAGGAUUUACAAACAAGAGGGAUCUAAAAACUCAUGAAAGGAUUCACACAGGAGAAAAACCUUUCAAAUGUACAGAAUGUGGAAAAUGUUUUACACUAAAAAGUAAUCUGAAAACACAUGAAAGGAUUCACACAGGGGAAAAGCCUUUCACAUGUACAGAGUGUGGAAAAGGAUUUACAAACAAGAGGGAUCUAAAAACUCAUGAAAGGAUUCACACAGGAGAAAAACCUUUUACAUGUACAGAGUGUGGAAAAGGAUUUACUAACGAGAGGGAUCUAAAAACUCAUGAAAGGAUUCACACAGGAGAAAAACCUUUCACAUGUACAGUGUGUGGAAAAGCAUUUACACUAAAGAUUAGUUUGAAACAUCAUGAAAGAAUUCACACAGGAGAAAAACCUUUCACAUGUUUAGAAACUUCAGAUAAAGUUUUUGGACUUAAUCCAAAAACGCAGAUUGGGGAUUUUGCUGUAUCAGAUCAUGCACUUAUCUCAUUGGAUCUGAUAAUAAAUAUUACUUAUUUUCUUUAUUCCUUUUCUUUUUAUGUAGACAAUCACUUGAGUAGUUCAUACCCAUCCUUCACUACAGGAAGUAUCCGAAUGAUACAGCAGACUCCAAACGUCUUAGACACUAAUGACUAUUCACAAACAUUGGGGAAAUCACAGCAGAUAUUUAAAGGAGAUGGAGAAUUGUCAGGAACUGGGCAGCAAUCAUUAUGUACAGAGAGUAAUUUAGUCAUCAAACAAGAGGACAAAAUGUAUGCCGUAUCUAGUGAAAUUAUGAUCCCAGAGGAUAAACCACACACAUUUACUGAGUUUAAAGAGGGGAAAAGUCUUAAAUUUAGCCAAAUUAUUAAUACAAAUGAGAAACCUCACACAUGUACAGAAUGUGGGAGAUGUUUUACAUCUAAAGGAAACCUUAUGUAUCACAAAAAGAGCCACACAGGGGAGAAACCUUUCACAUGUACAGAGUGUGGGAGAUGUUUCACAUCCAAGGGAAAUCUUAUAUCUCAUGAAAAGACCCACAUAGAGGAGAAACCUUUAACAUGUACAAAAUGUGGAAAAAGUUUUACAAACACAAGUAAUCUGAAGACUCAUGUAAGGAGUCACACAGGAGAAAAGUCAUUCACAUGUACAGAGUGUGGAAAAUCUUUUACACUGAAGUGUAAUCUGAAAACUCAUGAAAGGAUUCACACAGGUGAAAAAACGUUCACAUGUACAGAGUGUGGAAAAACUUUUGCACAUAUAAGUCAUCUGAAAGCUCAUGAAAGGAGUCACACAGGAGAAAAGCCUUUCACAUGUACAGAGUGUGGGAAAUGUUUUACAGAAAAGAGAAGUCUAAAAAUUCAUGAAAGGAGUCACACAGGAGAAAAUCCUUUCACAUGUACAGAGUGUGGAAAAGGAUUUACACAUAUGAGAUAUCUAAAAUCUCAUGAAAGAAGUCACACAGGAGAAAAGCCUUUCACAUGUGCAGAGUGUGAAAAAUGUUUUAGACAAAAGAGUGAUCUAAAAGCUCAUGAAAGGAUUCACACAGGUGAAAAGCCUUUCACAUGUACAGAGUGUGGAAUAAGUUUUCCACAAAAGAGUUAUCUAAAAACUCAUGAAAGGUUUCACACAGGAAAAAAACCUUUCACAUGUACAGAGUGUGGAAAAGGAUUUACAGUAAAGAGUAAUCUGAAAACUCAUGAAAAGAUUCACACAGGAGAAAAACCUUUCACAUGUACAGAGUGUGGAAAAGGAUUUACACAUAUGAGAUAUCUAAAAUCUCAUGAAAGAAGUCACACUGGAGAAAAGCCUUUCACAUGUGCAGAGUGUGAAAAAUGUUUUAGACAAAAGAGUGAUCUAAAAGCUCAUGAAAGGAUUCACACAGGUGAAAAGCCUUUCACAUGUACAGAGUGUGGAAGAUGUUUUAUACAAAAGAGUAGUCUGAAAAUUCAUGAAAGAAUUCACACAGGAGAAAAACCUUUCACAUGUUUAUAAAUUGGAAAAUUGUAUCCCAUGCCAGUCAGGUAUCACAAAACACCAAACAUUUACUCACAAAAUAAACCUUUAUAUACACAGUUUGAAAACCUUUUAAGAAUUAUCCUAAGGAAGACAAACUCUUUAAAUUGAAGAGUCAAAAAUGGAUCCUGUUGUAAAUAAUACUUACUAAAUCCCAGUUACAAAAUCUCCAUAUUGGAAGCGCUCUCCUGCUGUUCUUUGUUCCUCUAUAUAUGUGCACCACAGUUUCUCUUAUAUCAAUGUGAUAUAAUCCAAACUCCAAACAGGAAUAUACAAAUCUGUCCUCAUACUGACCAGUUUACACAACCAUUCACCACCAAAUCACCCCCAGUGUUGUUUAUUAAUAUGCCAGUGUUAGGAGUUGUAUGUUUGAUUUACAUAGGGGAGGAAAUAAUUACAUUUAGAGAAUAAAGGAGUCUUUAUAUAGUGUUAGAGAAUUAUAUAAACAAGAACAUCAGUCUCAAAUUAUUGACCUAUGGGAGAUAUAUUUAAUGUGCACAUCAUAUGGAUAAACCUUUUCUUAUAGCAACAGACGCUUAGCAUUAUACAUGUUAUAUACCAGAGGAAUUACUGAUGAGAAACUGAUUUUAUUUAAUGAGACACAAUGGGCUAGAUUACAAGUGGAAUGCUAAUGUGUCUGUUUGCUGGUGUGCAAUAAGUAAUUAGCCAUUACUAGUGGCUGAUUUUUCUUUCAUGUAAUUGGCAAGAGUCCAUGAGCUAGUGAUGUAUGGGAUAUACAUUCCUACCAGGAGGGGAAAAGUUUCCCAAACCUCAGAAUGCCAAUAAAUAGACCCCCCACCACACCCACAAUUCAGUUUUACAAACUUUGCCUACUAUGGAGGUGGUGAAGUAAGUUUGUGCUAGAUUUCUACGUUGAUAUGCGCUUUUCAGCAUGUUGAAGCCCGGUUCCUCUCAGAGUGCAGUGAAUGACAGAGGGAUGUGAAGGGAGUAUUACCUAUUGAAUACAAUGGUCACCCUAACGGGGAUCUAUUUCAUAGGUUCUCUGUUAUCGGUCGUAGAGAUUCAUCUCCUACCUCCCUUUUCAGAUCGACGAUAUACUCUUAUAUACCAUUACCUCUACUGAUUCUCGUUUCAGUACUGGUUUGGCUAUCUACUUUAUGUAGAUGAGUGUCUUUUGGUAAGUAUGUUUUCUUUUAUUUAAGACACUCUCAGCUAUGGUUUGGCACUUUAUAUGUAAAGUUCUAAAUAUAUGUUUUGUACUUAUAUUUGGUUAAAAGUACAAAUGUUACCAGCACCAAAUACUCCCCAAAAAGUCUCUAUGCAUAUAUGUUUCUCAGUAGAUAAUCACCGUUGUUAUAAACUAAACUCGGUGUUACAAAGCUGACUUGGUCCGCUCCUUCAACUCUCACCUCCGCUUCAGGGAUCAAAAGAUGACGUACCCAAUAGACUCAGUCUUCCCUCCCAGUACCUUCAGAGCUCUCCGGCUGUAUACUUUACCACUGUCCGCUGUUAUGUUCUGGGACGUGGACUGCAGAUCGCACUGCUCAGCUGGGUUAUGCUCCGUCUUCCUGGUAUCGGGGAAUCUCGGCGUCUGACGUCACAGAAUCAGUUCCCCCGGCAUUCCGGUUCUCGCGAGAGGUGAGCAGACUAUGCUUCCAGGAAUUAACGUCCUCACCUCCGUGCAAAUCCUUCGUUUCAGUAAGUCAAUAAGCAAAAAGGGAUAAGGAUGCAUCGGUAGUUAAGA